CACAAUGACGUCAUUGCGUCAGCGCCCGUGAGUGUGAGCGUCGGGACGGGGGCACGGAACUGCUGUAGGGUCGACGAGUAGUCGAAGAUGAAAGAGAAGGAUGGAAAUGAAACAGCGGUUUUUUAAAUCGAGACACUGACUUGUCUGCAACAAUAAUAUUCGUAGUGUCAAUACGGAGCGAAUGUUGCAUGAGGACUCGCAGAAGAAGGGCUUCAAUAGUGGUAAGGUAGUGAAUGUAAGGAGAGUUGAGGAGGGCUGUAGCUUCUGGGGCUUUUUUGGAGAGGGAAAACAACAUGGCUGCGGUGGAGCUCGAAUGGAUCCCAGAAACGCUGUACAACACUGCUAUCUCGGCUGUGGUGGACAACUACAGCCGGUCAAGAAGGGACAUACGGUCCCUCCCAGAAAAUAUACAGUUCGACGUCUAUUAUAAGCUCUACCAGCAGGGUCGACUCUGCCAGCUGGGGGGAGAGUUCUGUGAGCUGGAGGUGUUUGCUAAAGUGCUGCGGGCUUCAGACAAAAGACACCUCCUGCACCACUGUUUCCAGGCCCUUAUGGACCACGGUGUGAAAGUGGCCUCAGUUCUGGCAAACUCCUUCAGCCGCCGCUGCUCCUACAUCGCCGAGUCUGACGCCCACGUCAAAGAGAAGGCCAUCCAGUUUGGCUUUGUGCUGGGUGGCUUCUUGUCUGAUGCGGGCUGGUAUGGAGAUGCAGAGAAAGUGUUUCUGUCGUGCCUGCAGCUGUGCACGCUCCACAGUGAGGUCCUCCACUGCUACCGGGCUGUGGAAUGCUGUGUCAGGCUGCUUCAUGUCCGUAAUGGAAACUGCAAGUACCACCUUGGGGAGGAGACCUUCAAGCUUGCUCAGUCUUACAUGGACAAACUAGCCAAACAUGGCCACCAGGCCAACAAGGCAGCGCUGUACGGCGAGCUCUGUGCCUUGCUCUUUGCCAAAAGCCACUAUGACGAGGCGUACAGGUGGUGUAUAGAGGCUAUGAAGGAAAUUACUCCAGGGCUGCCUGUCAAAGUAGUGGUUGAUGUCCUUCGCCAGGCCUCCAAGGCCUGCGUGGUGAAAAGAGAGUUCAGAAAAGCAGAGCAGCUGAUCAAACAUGCAGUGUUUCUAGCAAGAGAACAUUUUGGACACAAGCAUCCCAAGUACUCCGACACGCUGCUAGAUUAUGGAUUUUACUUAUUAAAUGUGGACAACAUAUGCCAAUCGGUUGCUAUUUACCAGACAGCGCUGGAUAUCCGACAAUCGGUCUUUGGGGGGAAGAACAUCCAUGUUGCCACAGCCCAUGAAGACCUAGCCUACUCCUCAUAUGUGCACCAGUACAGCUCUGGGAAAUUUGACAAUGCUCUAUUCCAUGCAGAACGUGCCAUAGACAUCAUAACUCACAUUCUGCCUGAGGACCAUCUUCUGCUGGCCUCCUCUAAGAGAGUCAAAGCCCUGAUUCUGGAAGAAAUUGCCAUCGACUGUCACAAUAAAGAGACAGAAGAGCGCCUCCUGCAGGAGGCUCACGACCUGCACCUCUCCUCGCUGCAGCUGGCCAAGAAGGCUUUCGGAGAGUUCAACGUACAGACAGCCAAACACUAUGGCAACCUCGGACGACUCUACCAGUCCAUGAGGAAGUUUAAGGAGGCAGAGGAGAUGCACAUCAAAGCCAUCCAGAUUAAGGAGCAGCUACUGGGCCACGAAGACUAUGAGGUGGCUCUGUCUGUGGGUCACCUGGCCUCCCUCUACAACUAUGACAUGAACCAGUACGAGGAUGCAGAGAGGCUCUAUCUGCGCUCCAUCGCUAUCGGUAAAAAGCUGUUUGGCGAGGGUUACAGUGGGCUGGAGUACGACUACCGAGGCCUGAUCAAACUCUACAACUCAGUGGGAAACUACGAGAAGGUGUUUGAAUACCACAACGUACUGUCCAACUGGAACCGGCUGAGGGACCGGCAGUUUGCAGUGGCGGAUGCCCUGGAGGACGUCAACACUACACCCCAGCAGACCCAGGAGGUGGUACAAGCUUUCCUAUUGGCCCAGAGCCUAGGCCCCACCCGCCCCUGUCUCGGCUGAUUGGUUGACCGAAUGAGAAGGAGAAGAGAGGAGGGAAAAGAGACAAGUGGGUGGGUUUUAGCCUGGUGUGGACAUGAUUUGAGCCCAAAAUGUGAUGCUUCAGUUUCACACGGAUUAGUAACACAGCAAAUUCAAACAUCACUGGCAGCUUGGUUGACUUUGUAUGCUGCCAGUACACACACACAGACAUACACACGUUUUCAUGGAAUAAAAAAAAUAAAUAGAGAAGACACUUAUCAAACCUCAUCAACACACUCUCACCAUCAAGAUGCAGUCACUGCGUUUCUCCAACAGAAAGAGGACACAUGCCCGAGACUGGGGACUCGAAAAGAAACGUCAGACGUCCUAUAAGGAUGACGCACGACCUCCUCGCCUCUCAUCUCACUCGCCUUUUUCUUCCUGGACAGCAGUUUUGCUUUUGUACCGUACCAGUGUAGCUCAGAUCUCCGGGAGCGAACCCGUGUUCUCAAGAGCUGCACGACAGCAUCUGUGGAAUACCUGCACAUCCAUCAGCAUCACUUGGCAGAUCACAGCUGGAAAUAGUUGGAUAUUUUUGACACUUGUACAGUUAAAGAAAAUACAGAUUGUACUCUUGAGUUUUAUUUGAAGGCUUUUUGUUGUUGUUUUUUUCUUUGCAAUUAACUGAACGCGAACCCUCAAAGUUGCGUGGAGGAGAAUGUGAUAACACCAGGUGUGGUUUUUACACACAACAGGUUUUCACAGGUCUUUUUUUCCAGCUUAGUACUGACAUAGUAUCAUUAAAAUGCCAAUAAUUUAUAUGCAAACAUAUGUUUAUGUAGCCCUUUGUUUAAGUUUUCUUACUGAAUGAGAAAUGGCUCAACACUAUGAUAACAAGGGACACGGAUGGGAGGGCAAAGAGGAAGCUGCUACAUGUGCAAAGGCUCCGCAGCCUCGCUUUGUUCAUCUUGAGGCUGUAUGUGUGAGUGAGUGAGUGGAACACAACUCUCGGUGCCCAAGUGCUCCACCGAUGACUACCAGCCUUACACCAGCUUGCAGUUAUCUGUCUGUAGACGGACCCAUAUUUUGAAGUGCUAAAUAAACUAUUAUAUCCUUAACGGCGCUACAGUGGGGACCAAUAUUGUGUGCUUGUGUGCGUGUUUGCAUAGCAGCCUGAUUAUUGUGCAUGUGGCCUCUCUGCUUCACACCCUCCUGUCAGAAAAUCCCAUUAAAGUUCCUGAUAUGUUUUUCUGUUACUGGCCCAUCGUUCAGAGUCUCGCUGUCCAGAAUCUCAUCUGUUGCUUUAUUUAAAAGCUCAGCUUCGGCUGGUUUUCAGUUUUACUCGACAUCUUAGCUCUAUAACAGGGGUGGGGGAACUCCAGGCCUCAAGGACUGGCGUCCUGCAGGUUUUACAUGUGCUUGAUCCAACACAGCUGGUUUAAAUGGCUAAAUUAAAAAGGUUUCCAGAGGCCUGACAAUGAACUAAUCAUUGGAUUCAGGUGUGUUGACCCAGGGUCAUAUCUAAAGCCUGCAGGACACCAGCUCUACAGCUGCCAUGUUGGUAUUUUAAAGCUAACUUAGGCUCUCUAGUGGACAAAGUAUGCAACGGCCAUUACAUACUUUGUGCCGAAAGGGCUUUAAAGGAACAUGUUCUUAUUUUUAGACUGUAAUAUUGUAUCUUUUCAUUAUUCUCAGUUCUAAAUAAUCCUUAUUGACCUUAUCCUGAGCCUUGGGGCAGCCACUCAAGUCAGUGUCUAUCUGAAAACAGCUCUUUUAGUGCCUCUGUCUCUCUUAAAGCCAGCUCUCUUCUGCCUGUCACACACAAAUAGUUUGAACAGCAGGUGUGUAGCCAGAGCUGUGUGCGUGACUUAACCAUGUUAAUGGGUUUGGCUCACUGACAUGAGAAAACAGAACAUUUGAACACCUAGUUGGUCCAUUUGAAACCUGUUUGGAUUUUGUUCUGUAUAUUUGGAGUAAGCUACAGUGCUGCGACAAAGUAUUUGCCUCCUGAUUUCUUCAUUUCAUGCAUGUUUGUCACACUGCAGUGAUUAAGAUCAUCAGACAACAUUUAAAAUGAGAUAACAUACGUUUUUAAUUGAUUUGUGAUUUUUGGUGAGGGACAAAAGAACCUACCUGGCCCUGUUUGAAAAAGGAAAAAAACAAAAACAGCUUUUCAUAAAAAGAACAUCACAGUAAGAGCAUGUGGAGGGAGUGGGAGUGGAAGUGGGCUGCUUGGAUGAUUAAGGAUCUGGAUGGAAAAAGGAAUUCUGCUCUCGACGUACAGCUCGAGCGUGCUCGGGUUACGCAGCAGAACAACACAAUCCCAAAUAUACCAGCAAGUCCAUGACCUUAACAGGUUGUUCAUGGCCAACACCCCACCAGUGCUCCUCCGUACUCGACCAGUUUUUAGACUUUAGGCCAGGUAGGUUUGGAUAACUUUUUACCCUUAAUCCUAAUUUUCAGCUUAUUCUGGUUAUGUCUGUGUAACAUUAACAGUUGUAUGAUGACCUGAAAGUGAGACAAAAAUGCAAAAAACAAUGUGUAUAUCAAGAACGGGGCAAGCUCUUGUUCACAGCACUGUUUAUGUACCUGUGAUCCUGUAAAGCCUUCCACUGCAGAUGCUUUCAGUCUAAUAUUUAGUCCACAGUUUGGGAAUCACCAGCUUCUCUGGAUGGGAUUUUUUCGUUAGUGCAAUUCUAACAUUACACAUGGACCCUUGUUUCACUAAAGCAGUCUGUCAAUAUAAGAGGUGAAGGAGAAAUGAGCGCUUAAAGAGACGCUGCGUAACAGUGGCGUGAAGAAAGGCAUGGACGCAUGCUGUAGCAGAUGAAGGAUGAGAUUUUGCACAGUCGAGGCUGAACACAGGCUGUGGAGAUUCUGUGCAACGUUACUGAGAAUGUGAUGCCAUGGAUGAAUAGUCCGCUGUUAAUUUAGUAUUUAGUUUGUUUUGAAAAGAACGAAUGAAGAAAACGAGCUUUGCCUUGCUGUUGCUUCAGUGCUGUCAAUGUCUCCCUCUGUAACAGUGAUGUGAGGGGCUGUAGCUGAGGAGGAGGUCCAGCUCUCAGCUAAACACUCAGUGCUUUGGCUUAAAUAGACCCCCCACCCCUCCACCUCUGAGUAGAUUUCUUAUCUACAGACUUUACUUGUAAACAGGUGCAUACAAAGAGAAGGAUCAUGAAUAUUUCUUUGUCUUAAAAAGUGAAUCAUGGAGAAACUUUGCAUGAUUUGACGUGUGUGCUGUGAGGGCUACGUCUGCAUCUUCUCCAGAGGAUUACAAAACAGGUCUCGGCAGCAGUUUCUAAUCCAGCUUCGGCUGAGGUGCAAGUUCCUUUUUCCUGCUUGGCCAAGAUGAUCUGCUGAUGUCUGAAAGGGAAUAGUGUAGUUCAAGUGGUGGUGUCGGGGGUGGGGGGCGCAGGACAAAGUUCAAAUUGAAGCUGCGAUGUCUCCAACAGCCCGCUUCUCUCUUCAGAGUUCAAAGGAGACGUGUGGGAUGUGUUCACUGUUGUCCUGUUACUGCUUCACUGUUAGCUUCAAAAACAUUAAAACAUCGUUGACCAUCA